AUGACAAUGGAGAACUGCACUGUAUUUACAGAGUUUAUAUUUUUAGGUAUUUCUAGCAGACAGGAUGUACAACUUGGGCUCUUUGCAUUCUUUUUCUUAGUUUAUGCCACAACAGUGAUUGCCAAUGUAGGGAUGAUCCUGCUUAUCAAGAUGGACUCCAGACUCCACACGCCCAUGUACUAUUUCCUGAGCAACCUGUCUUUCUGUGAUUUCUGUUUUUCCUCUUUUAUCUCUCCCAAGAUGCUGGCUGAUUUCUUAUCUGAGAAAAAGAUGAUCCCAUAUAAUGUAUGCUCCAUACAAAUGUUUGCUUUUUGUGCAUUUGGUGAUGUUGAAAUUUUCAUGUUGGCUGUUAUGGCAUAUGACCGUUAUGUAGCUAUUUGCAGUCCACUUCUUUAUACAGUAGCCAUGUCGAGGACACUCUGUACUGUGCUAGUUUUUCUCACCUACUUCAUGGGUCUGCUAGAUUCAGCAAUUCACACUUCCUUAGCUUUUCGAUUGUCAUUCUGCAAAUCCAAUAUUAUCAAUCACUUCUUCUGUGACAUUCCUCCUCUCUUAGCUCUUGCCACCUCAGAUACAUUUAUUAAUGAGAUAAUGUUAUUCAUACUUGGCACCAUUAUUUUUAUUUCCAGUAUCUUCACAGUUUUCCUCUCUUACAUCUUCAUCAUAGCUACCAUAAUUAGAAUGAAAUCAGCUGAGGGGAGACGCAAAGCCUUCUCUACCUGUGCCUCCCACUUAUGCACUGUGGCUAUCUUUCAUGGCACAAUUCUCUACAUGUAUUUUAGACCCAGCUCCAGUUACACCAUGGACACUGACAAAAUUACUUCUCUUAUCUAUACAGCUAUAAUCCCUAUGCUAAACCCAUUGAUCUAUAGCUUAAGGAAUAAAGAUGUGAAAGGUGCCUUGAAAAAAACAAUCAUUACUAAAUUAUGUCAUCAGUAA